AUGCGUUCUUCUUUUGCCCUCCUCGCCAUGGCCAUCUCGGCUGUUUCGGCCCAGUCUGUUAAGACCUACAAGAGCUCCCUCGACAUGACCAUCGACCCCAACGCUGUUGACAUUGCCACCAGGUCUGAUUGGUGUGGAGCCCAGAUUAACACCUGCGACACCCUUUGCAAAGAUGACACCAACAGCAACGAUUGCAGUGAGACUGAUCUCAAGUGGGAAUGCACCUGCUCCUCCAACAGCUCGGUCCCCGGCAUUCAGUACUACACCCAAACCAUGCCUACCUUUAUCUGCCAGCAGCUCUUCAGCCAGUGCAUCACCGAGAACACCUCGAGUCAACAGGGCCAGAGGGACUGCAAAUCCAAGAUCGAAGCCAAGUGUGCGAAGCAAAACCCUCCUAAGGAUGUUGCUAGCAACGACGACGACGAUGAUAGCACCACCACUGCUAGUAACUCCGCCACCUCAUCAGCUACCAAGUCUUCGUCUGAUGCUACUGGCACUGCCGAGUCUGUGUCUACGACAACCUCUGACGCUUUUGCUGCCCCUACCAUGGCGCCAGCCGGCCGGGGAGCUGCCGCUGCCGUUGCUCUCGGCAUGCUGGCUUACCUUAUCUGA